CCGCCAUUCGCCAGCUUGUCGGACGGAUCGCUGAGGGGGCCUCGACUGGCCUCGUCGUGUGGGCUGGGCGGCCGACUUGCCCGGCGUGUGAGUGCUCGCCAGUCUUGAAGUGUCCGCCGCUGACCUGCACGACCGGUGACGUUGCCCACAUCCCGCCAGUGACGCCGCUCACGGUUGGGGUCAUCUGCGCCUCCAUCGCCCUGCUUGCCUUCUUCGCGGGCCGGCUGACGCGCUUGGGAGUUAAGACCGGGCGGCACGCCGACGACCUGGACGCCACUGCUCGGGCCCAGGUAGCUCAGUACAAGGCCAAGGUGGGCGACUUCUGUGUUGUGCGCUACAACGUUCCAGGCGGGGCCCUGUACCACGAGCGGCUGGUCAACUACCUGCCGCUGGGUGCCGGGCUGACCGUGUCCACGCCCGACGGCGACGAGUACGAGGAGGUGUGGGGCCUGCCCGAUAUCAUCGAGUGGGAGCCGCUGCCAAAUCGGCAGCCGGGUGGCGUGCUGAUGGGUCGGCCGGGAGCGCGAUACUAUCGGUUCAGAGCUGGUGCGAUGCCGACUGCGGCGAGCCUCACGGCGUCCGCUGUGGCUGCUGCUGGGCGCCUGGGCCAGCCUGCGCCGGGCGGGCCCUUGGUGCCAGCCCUCGGCGGGCGCCUCGUCGGGCCGCCGGCGGGGGGGGCCGCGCCUGGCGCGCUCGAAGCCGGGGGCGCCGCUGCCCCGCUUGGCGGAGCGCCGGGCGCGCCGGCGGCGGCCCCUGCAGCUGCGCCGGGCGGAGUGGCCCCGGCGGCGGGGCUCGGCGGCCUGGUGGCGGCGCUCGGUGGCCCAGCGGCAGGAGCACCAGCCGGCGUGCUUGUUCCAGGCCCGCUGCCCGCCCCCGCUGCGGCCGGCGCCGCGGCGGCCGCGGCUCCAGGAGCCGACGGAGUGCUCGCCGCCGCUGCCGCCGGGGCCCCAGGGGCGGCCGCCGCCCUUGUGCCCGCGGACGCGGGCGCCGCCGCAGCUGCCGCGGGCCCGCCCGCUGCUGGGGGAGGCGCGCCCGCGGGUGCUGCGGGCGCUGGUGGCCACGUCCAGGACGCGAGGGUGCUCCCGGUGGUGUACGACGCCAUGGGCAACCGUCGGCGGGAGUUCCGCGAGGCGGUGCUGGCCUGCCGGGAAGACCAGUGGGCGGGGUGGCCCGUGCGUGGACCUCGCACCGCGCUCUGGGUCCUGCGGUACAUCAUCGAGCACGGCGGGACGCCGACCGGGAUGCACUCUCGGUGGCGCAGUGAGGCCCGCCUCCAGGAGCACGAGCCCGGGGUGCAGGAGCAUGAGCGCUCGUGCCGGGCGCUGGAGGAGCUCAUCUGCUACGACCAGUGUAAUGGGGCGAAUCUGGCGGCCGUGGAGCUGCUGGUGCGGAACAUCCAGGUGCAGCAGGAGAGGUACCGCGACAGGAGCGCUGGCGGCUCAGGAGGCGGCGGCCCCGACAGCGUCGACACGCACCUGUACAUGGGCAGCGAGCUGACCAGAGGAGGAGUGUGUGUGUGCCCUCUCCUCCAGGAGUGGGCCAGCGCCCAGCUGGCCAAGGAGCAGGCGCUGCUCAAGGAGCGGCGCAAGGCCCGGGAGGAGAGGGAGCUUGCCAAGAAGGGGAACAACAAGAAGAACAAGAAGGAUGAAGAGGGGUGA